GAAAGUGGGCCCCACCGAGAGAGGAGAGGUUUCAUCCAUUUGUUACAGAGUUUAAAAAAGCGACAUUAUUAUUAUUUUUUUAAGUGUCAGCGUGCACGGCAGAUUGGUUUGGGGGCGCGCUGUGUUUGGGGAUUGCUUGUAGUUUCUCCGCCUGUCAUGGCGGCGGCGGUUGACAUGGCGGCCGGGCCGCGGGCUGACGAGGACCUGGAAGCGGAGCCGGGAUGUGAGGACGAUGCGGAGGAGGAAGGGAGCGCGGACAAUGAGUUCGCGCUGGACGAGGUGCUGCGGCUCGGGGGGACCAAGGCUGAUUAUCUCAUGUUGUAUCACUUAAAUGCGAAUGAAGACAUAAUUGAUGGUGGAAAAAAAUCAGCAAUUGAUGAUCUGGAAGAAGGCGAAUUAGAAGCCUUCAUCACGAAAAUAGGUGUAAGGAAAUACUCCAAAAUUUUGCAAGAGGAAAACAAAGAAAGCACUAAAGAUGAAAAUCAAACAAAAAAGGAGAGUGAAAAGAUUGACAAAAAGGGCAAGAAGAAGAAAAAUAAAGAACUGAAAGAGAAAAUUCAAGAUGGAAAGAGUGGCAAGAUUGGAAAGCAAAAACUAAUUCAAGAUAAUAAAAUAUCAAGUACAUCUGAAUUACCAGGCAGAAAAACUAAACAUCAGGAUAUCUUUGAAUUUCAGCCCAAACAAUACUUAUUGAUAAAGCCAGGUGGAAAGUGGUAUGAGGCAGACUACGCCAGUGAGCACACCUCUGAGCCACAAGACGAAUCGCUUGUGUCGCAGUAUAAAAAUCUCGCUAAACAGCUGUAUGAACAUGAAACCAAUCUUUACACAAGUAAGAAAAAUAUCCAAAAAGGUGCAAAUUCGGCAUGGAUGAAAACGGUUGUCACCACAGGCACAUUGGCAGACAGGAUGGCAGCUAUGACACUUCUGAUUCAAGAUGCCCCAGUGCAUGGUCUACACUUUGUUGAGGUAUUAAUCAAUCAAAUCAAGAAGAAGGGAAGUCGGCGGCAGAGCGGAAUGGCUUUGAAUACCAUGAAAGAACUUAUAAUCUCUGACUUGCUUCCAGAUAAUCGAAAAUUACAAACUUUCUCUCAGCAUCCUUUUAAACAGCUGGAAGAGCUUGCCAGUGGGAACAAAGAUGCCAGGGACAGACGUCUCAUAAUGUGGUACUUUGAACACCUCUUUAAGCACCAUUUUGCAGAGUUUGUGCAGGCAUUGGAAAUUUUGACUCAUGACAAUGUGCAGGCAACAAAGACAGUCGCCUUGGCUACGGCCCACGAGAUACUCUGCAUUAAGCCAGAGCAAGAGAAAGCCCUGCUGAUUAUGUUGGUAAAUAAGUUGGGUGAUCCACAGUAUAAAAUGGCCACAAAGGCCUCCUACCUUUUGGAAACAUUGCUUCAUAAACAUCCCAACAUGAAAACUGUUGUGUGCUGUGAAGUUGAGCGACUCCUAUACAGGCCUAAUAUUAGUUUGAAAGCCCAGUAUUAUGCUGUCUGCUUUCUCAACCAAAUGGUCUUGAGCCACGAGAAGAGUGAUCUUGCUGGAAAAUUAAUAACUGUUUACUUUUCAUUUUUCCAUGCCUAUGUUAAAAAGGCAGAAAUAGACUCUAAGAUGCUGAGUGCUUUGCUAUCUGGUGUCAACAGAGCUUUUCCUUAUUCCAAGAUGGACGAUGGAAAGAUAAUGGAGCAGAUGGAUACUUUGUUCAAGGUUGUACAUGUUGUCAACUUCACCACCAGUGUCCAUGCACUCAUGUUGCUAUUUCAGGUGAUGGACUCUAAACAAGCUAUAUCCAAUCGAUACUAUGUCGCUCUCUACCGGAAACUGUUGGAUCCUGGACUGGCACAAAGUUCCAAACAAGCUAUGUUUCUAAAUUUGCUGUACAAAUCUUUGAAGUCUGACAUUGUGCUUCGACGCAUUAGAGCAUUUCUGAAAAGGAUUUUACAGAUCACUUGUGGCCAGACGCCAGGAUUUAUUUGUGGGGCCCUCUAUCUUAUUUCUGAGAUUUUGAAACAGAAGCCAGGAGUUCAAGUCCUGUUACAAGAACAAUGGGAAUCUGAUGAAGAGGAACAUUUCAGAGACGUUGAUGACAGUGAUGAAGAUAAAUGUGAAGAGAAAAUGCUGAACAAAUCGCACGAAGGGAAAGAAUAUGGAGAUGCUGGCGAAGAAGAGGAAAUGGUUGUUAAGAAUAAAACUGCAGCUAUAAAACCUCAGUCAAUAGUCUCUGGAUCAUGGUUGCACCAUAAGAAUCAAGAAGGUGGAAAAUGUCUGCAAACCUAUGAUCCACUCCAUAGGAAUCCUCUCUCUUGUGGAGCAGACCACGUCGGUCUCUGGGAAUUGAAAAAGUUGAGUGAACAUUUUCAUCCAUCUGUGGCACUCUUUGCAACAACUAUCCUGCAGGGUAAUCGCAUCCAAUAUUCUGGAGACCCCCUGCAGGAUUUCACAUUAAUGAGAUUUCUUGAUCGCUUUGUGUACAGAAAUCCCAAACAGAGCAAAGGCAAAGGCAACACUGACAGCAUUGUGAUGCAACCCAAACAGAGGCUUCUGUUGAAUGAUCCACAUAAAUUGCCAGUAAAUAGUCAGAAAUUUAUCGAACGGGAGGAGAGCCAGAUCCCAGUGGAUGAAAUAUUUUUCCAUAGGUAUUACAAAAAACUUGACGCAACGCAAAAAUCACAAAGACCUCGAGGUGAAGAAACGGUGGCAGAUGUGGACGAUGAUGAGUUCGAGCAAAUGCUUGAUUCCCUUGAAGGGGAAAAAUAUUAUAAAAAAAUCGAAGACAGUUUAGAUUUUGCAAGUAAUAUGAAAAAGAAAUCAUCAAAAGAAGCAAAAGUAAUUGAUAAGGAAGUUGAUUCAGACCUCAGUGAUGAUGAUGAUGAUAUGAGUAACUUGGAAGAUGAAGAAGUGUCAUUAGGAAGCAUGGACGAGGAAGACUUUGGUGAAAUGGUGGGAGAAGACGGUGGUGUAUUCAUGGAUAAUCCAGAUGAUGAAGAGGUUGACAGUGGAGCAGCAAUGAAGAAAAGUAAUAAGCCUGGUAAAAGGAAAAAAAGUGAAGAUUUGGAUUUCUCGAAACACAUUACAGGAAAGAAACAGAAAAGGGGUUUUAAGGAUGACACCAAUAUGUUUGCUGCAGCUGAAGAGUUUGGUUGCCUACUUGAUGAAAAUGCAGGAUCAAAAUUUGACAACAUUGGAAUUAAUGCAAUGGCAAACAAAGAUAAAGCGAGUGUAAAGCAGCUACAGUGGGAAUCUGAUCGUGACGCCUGGAUCAGAGGCAGAGAUACACGUACACUCCGAAUGCAGAAGAACAAGUUCAGGGCCAAGGGGCUGAAAAAUAAGAAGAAAAGAUUUUUAAAGUAGAAGAGAUGAACAAUUUUUAUACGAGAUCAGACUUGUAUUAGACUUUAUACUUACAUGAUUAUUGAUUAUGUUUGCUGGACCAGGUUUCCUGAUCAAUUUCUCUAGCUCCAUAAAUUCCUGCCCAUUCAUUGGAUUUAUAAUAAACUGAAAAGUGUAAACAAUAUAUUUUGAAUUAAUAAAUUAAAUGAUGGAUUUGUCUGCA